GCCCCCCAGGCGCCCGACGUGGACGCGGCCGCUGCCGCCGCCGCCGCCACCACCGCCGCCGCCACCACCGCCGCCGCCGCGCGGGAGUCGCUGUCCGCGGAGCCGAUAUGCAGGCGGCGCGGGGCGGCGCGGGGCGGCCGGGCCGGGAGGGCCGCGGGCUGGAGCGUGAGUGCGAGCGGUCACCGGGCCCAGGAGUCGCCAUGCCCCCAGGGCCGUGCGCCUGGCCGCCCCGCGCCGCGCUCCGCCUGUGGCUAGGCUGCGUCUGCUUCGCGCUGGUGCAGGCGGACAGCCCCUCAGCCCCUGUGAACGUGACCGUCCGGCACCUCAAGGCCAACUCUGCCGUGGUCAGCUGGGAUGUCCUGGAGGAUGAAGUGGUCAUUGGCUUUGCCAUCUCUCAGCAGAAGAAGGAUGUGCGGAUGCUCCGGUUCAUUCAGGAGGUGAACACCACCACCCGGUCCUGCGCUCUCUGGGACCUGGAGGAGGACACAGAAUAUAUCGUCCAUGUGCAGGCCAUCUCCAUCCAGGGACAGAGCCCAGCCAGUGAGCCUGUGCUCUUCAAGACCCCACGCGAGGCUGAAAAGAUGGCCUCAAAGAACAAAGAUGAGGUGACCAUGAAGGAGAUGGGGAGGAACCAGCAGCUGCGAACGGGGGAGGUGCUGAUCAUUGUUGUGGUCCUCUUCAUGUGGGCAGCUCUCUUCUGCCGCCAGUAUGAUAUCAUCAAGGACAACGAGCCCAAUAACAACAAGGAGAAAACCAAGAGCGCAUCAGAAACCAGCACACCGGAGCAUCAGGGUGGGGGUCUCCUCCGCAGCAAGAUAUGAUGACACAUUUACAGUGCUUGCUCUGAGCAGCUCAGAAGACAGUAGAGAAUGCGAGAGGACCUUCUGACGGUGAUUGUCCAACAUGCAUCUGGCCCGCUCUGCGGCUCCUCCCACCUCCAUCUUCUCCUAUCAUCGGGCUUAUUAUCCUCUCUCUUGGCUUCUCUCUUUCUGAUAUCAGUUCCUGAAGCCUCUCACUAACCCCUAGCUCCAGGAGUACCUCAGCAAUGUCCAUGGCUGAAGCUACACCCAGAGACAGAGCUGCAGAAUGAGAGAGACCCAGCCGGAGGGAUGCCAUUGCUGCGGGGUAGACUGAGUGCCAAGGCUCUUGGCACAGGACUCACAUCUGGGCCACUCAGCUUGACCGAAGGCUGUGUGUGAAAGGGGAGAAAGACGAGACUUCCAGGCAGGGCUAUUCUUUUUAUUUCUGCGAGGGACAAGAGUCUGGCUUUUAAGCUGCAGCCCCGCUGUUCCUUUUCUCCUCUGUCCCAUUUCCUACCUUACAUGAAAUCCAUUCAACCGGCUCUGGACACUUCUCUUAUCUGUUCCCUUCCUGGUUUCCAAAGAAGCCCUCUGUGAACAUCAUCAAAGCAUGGGUACCCCCAUCUGCAAGGGAUGGGCUUCAUCCUCCGCUAGUCCCUGUGUCCUUCCUGGGCACGGGGUGAGAGCUGUAGAAGCGGUGGGGGCACAGCUAGCCACAGUUUUUCCUUUUCCCUACCUUAGUCUGACAGAGGAGGUUGAACUACAAACCCAAAUUCUGCAAAAAAAAAAAAAAAAAAAAAAAAAAAAAAAUCAAAUAAGCCACAAAGCUAAAAGACUGCGCCCCAUUCUGAAGAAGGCACAAGUACAUGGGAGAGUCCUGCCUUACUUCUCCUGGACUGGCUUCCUCUUUGAGAAAAUGCACAAAGCUCUGGGAGAAAGCAGCUACCAAGACUAUCUGGAACUGUGUCUGUCAGACCAAUGGUACCAGGGAGGCUGCAGUGCUGCCAGCUUUUCAAGGGUCCUGACUCUGUCAGACACUUUCUGGAUUCAGCCACUAAGGACAUCUGUGGUACAAGGUGCACCUUUGCAAAUGUGUAUGAUGCCAGUUGUUUGGACUCUUGGAAAACACCACUGGAGGGCUUUGCUCCAGAAUGCAGACCGCUCUGCCAAGGCCUCCAUGUCUGCUUGCAUCUAGCUUGCACAAAGAUAGAUCUUUGUGGUGAGAUCAUCUGUGUGGAGUUUUAAGAAGCUCUGGAAGAAGGUACUGCCCGCGUUUAAAGGAAGUGCCUUGGCUGGGGCAGCAGUGUCAGCUUGGAUAACUGAAAACACCUACAUCCUACAGCAUAAAGAACUGCUGAGCGAGCUACUGGAAAGCCGUUUACACCAGACAGGCAGAGAGCAGAGAGCAGCCACUGUCACUAUCUUGCCAUCUCAUUCAGGGUCCUCUGAAAGUUACCCAGGGCUCUCAUCUACUUCCCUAGAGCUUGCAGUGUAAAGUGACAGCUAGUGUGCUCCCUCUCUCCCUCCCUCCCCCUCCUCUCCUCUGCCCCUUACUGGUUUAAAAAAAAAAAGGUGCUUGAUGUGGCAGCAGACUUCUUGGAGACUGAAGCACAGUGGCUGCCAGACGCCUGCACUGGAAAGGCGAACGAACUCUGUAUCUUCCAUCGGUGGCCAAGGGAGUGUGGGUGGCUGUUCCCAGCACAUAGUAGGUGCUUGGUAAAAUAUCUGUGGUACUGAAUGUUGAGCACAGGUGCCCAAGUCAGAGAGCUGAAAGCCAUCACCCAAUGACUGCCCCUUCAUUCGGGUCUCUAACAGCUCUCCAAGCUGGGUCAGCCACCACUGUGCUCGCUCCAACUGCGGGUAGCACAGGAGAGGAGGGACGGAUAAGGGCAGAUGUCAGCAAUACUAAGGGCUUCCUCCUGGGAGGGAAUGAGGUUCCACUCAUUGUCUCGUGACUUCCAUCCCUGCUGAACGGGGCUGCAAGGCCAAGGCUCCUUAAGGGAGGUCCUUACCUCCAAUCCAGUUAGAGCAAUAACCACUUUUUAAAUGUAAAAUAAAGACAAAUGAAAAGGCA